AUGACGGUAGAUCUAAUUUACUCAAUACUUUCGUCUAAUACUACAAAUUUACUUUGGAAUCAAAAACAUCCUAAAUAUUGGUCUAAAGAUGAUACACGUGAAUGGUUAGAGAAAAUGAAAGAAACUUACAAGUUUAACGAUGAUCUGGUUGAUUUAGAAUUGGAAGGGUCAGUCCUCUUACAGGUGACCAUUGAUUGUUUUGAAAGGCGCACCCCAAAUGGUUAUUUGGUGUUUUAUGAAUUACGUGGUUGUGUUGAAGAGUUUACUCCUCAGAUUAGAAUAUUUACUAGACAGACAGAUGAAAAUCGUGAAUUAAUUUUAAAUCUUGGUUUGGAAGAUAGUCUUUUAAGAGCAGGAGGAAGAGGAAACGUCACUGAUCAACAGAUGGACGUUAUCCAUCGAGAUGUGGAAAACGAGUUGGAUAAUAAUAAUAUUGACGAAUUUGAUAUCAUAUUGGAGAGAUUUCAACCAGGAAUAUCAUGGAUGUCGAUCCAAAUCCAUCUCAAACUUUUGUAUAACUUUUUAGCUAUUGGUAUUUGGAAAAGGGAUGAACCUCAUCUCCCCUUUGAUCAAACACCCACGUCAGGGGACUAUGUUGUCAUUGAACCCAAAAAAACAAAGUUUAUUAUCAAAUACACCUCUUUUUAUAAAAAAAUCACUAGACAAUUUGAAAUCUCUGUUCUAGAGAAUGAAGAUCGUUGGAAAAGCUAUAAUAGACAAGUUGAGAUCAACAGUAAAUCUAUUGUCAAUGGUGGUGUAUAUACUCUUUGUGUACCAUGGAAUGAAUUAUUUGGAUUUUUAAUUGAUUCUCUAGGACAUAGCCAGCAAAUCCUUCCAGAACCAAGCCAAGCCACAGUGGAACACUAUACUAGUGUAUGGAGUAAAAUUCAUUCAUCACUAGGUCCACUUGUCAAAGAAAAUGGUGAAUCUUUUCUCGAGAAGAAAUCACAAAAUACUCAAAGACAUAGAUCAAUUCGUACAUUUUGUAAGGAUCGGUAUCCUUACCACGCACUAGUAGAUGACGAUCUGAACCAGCAUGACUAA